AUGAGUUGGUUAUGGGAAAAUGAGACCACGGCACAGGCGCAAUAUGUUGUAAGUGCAUUACAAAAUGAAUUAGAUGAACGUGAGAGUAAAAUCAAGGCACUGGAAGUGGCAUUAAAGCGUGAACAACACGAAAUGUUAUCGCUCCUUGAGGAUGAAGUGAAGGAAUUAGAACAACGUCGUCAUGUGAUAACAAAAGAGCUUGCGAAUGUGAAUGAAUUGAUUCAAGCGAAGAAAAAAAGAAGAAGAAGGGAGAAGAAACGGGAGAAUGAAGAGAGUGUGAUUGAUGAAAGGAGUGGUGAUGAUGGAAAUGAAAACGAUUUCAAGGUGAUGCUGCCUAUGGAUAAGCAUUUAGAAAUAGUGGCGAAGGAAGAGCCUAAUGUGGCAUUUAUUAUUCAACGAAGUAAUAAUACAAAUACAGUCGUGUAUGCUGGAUGCAAGUCAAGGGAUGGUAACUCACUUGACCCGACGAAUCCGAUGAAGGUAUUCUGGAUCAUGUACGAAAAGGAUGGUAACCCACGUGAAGAUUUAACCAUGAUUGAGCGUAACACGGCUUAUGGUAUUACAUUCAAGCCAUCGGAUGUGCCGGGCGAAUACAUAGUGGCUAUCGCUUCGUUGCGUGAUCGCGAUUGUGUCCUCCGUCUAGACAAGCAUGGAAACGUGAUGGCAUUGAGUACUAUCAAUGGCAAGAAGGGUAUGUUACUGCGACGUGUGUUUGUGCAGGCGACGACGAGUUGGGGCAUUCCGACAGUGGAUUACGUCGAUAUCUUUGGCGUACAUCCAAUAACGUUUGAACCUGUCUACGAGAGGAAGAAGAACAAGUAG